UGGGUGGUGUAAGUUACCACUGCGCUGGUGAAUUGAUAACUUGUGUAAACAGUCAUAUCCGCUGGGGCGCCGUGUUCCCUCACCCAUUUAUAUGCGGAUGUUGAUGUUUGGGAAAUGCUGAGUGGCACUUAGGGCUGCGUUAAGCCUCGAGUACACCCUUCAAGUGGUAGACCGUUGUAACGCUCGCUGCUGCGGCGAGAUGGUGAACCAUGAUGGCAUUUUCUAACACAGAGAUGUACGGGCAAAAAUAAUUACACGAUUAACAGAACAAAACAGCAUUCCAGUGAAGCUCACCUCCGACACAUUACCUGGAGGUGCCGCAGGUGACGCGGUGAGUGCCAUGUCGAGCGUGGUAGCGACUGAGGGCGUCCGGCCCAGCCACAAUUCUGCCUUCAGCGCUGUCACCAGGAAGAGCUUCUCCUUCUCAGUAGACUCCAUCCUGGCCUCUUCCACCCCGAAGGAGGCGCCGAAGGACACAUCAACAGACGUCCUCCCCCUCACCACACAGACGCCGCCAGGGCAUCCUCUCACCCCUCCCGCCGAGGACAGAUUGUCAUCCAAAGCGACGCACGACGAUUGCGACGAUGACGGAGACAUCGACGAGGAGAUCAACGUAGACUCCGACCCCGACGACGACACCAGAUAUGAUCCCCGGCUGGAGCACGAGGAGGACCUCCGGAGGCUAGCGCCCCCCGUCCCUACGUUACUGGGGCAUCUAGGGGGCGUCGGGCCUCCCUUACCCCCAGCGUCCACCUCCAGCACAAUGUCUCCACCAGGGACGUGGCCUCCCAACCUCCUCUUCCAACACCACCUGGCCCUCCGGGCCCUCACCAAGUCGCCAGAACCUCCUAAAUUCCUGGGGCCGAUGAAGGUGACGCUGAGGAAGCACAAGCCCAACAGGAAGCCUCGCACGCCCUUCACCACCCAGCAGCUCCUCGCCCUGGAGAAGAAGUACCGGGAGAAGCAGUACCUGAGUAUCGCCGAGCGGGCCGAGUUCUCCGCCUCCCUCAACCUGACGGAGACGCAGGUCAAGAUCUGGUUCCAGAACCGUCGAGCUAAAGACAAGAGACUGAAGGAGGCGGAGCUGGAGAGGCUGCGUUAUACUUCGCGGCCGCUGCUGCCUCAUAACCCCCUCUUGCCGCCUGCGUCCCUCCUGCCGCACUUCCUGCUGCCUCAUGCCCUCCACCACCCUUCUCAGCUGCCCCCCAGCCUGCGGCACCUCUCCGCUCACCACACUGACCUGCGGGCGGGAGCGACCUACCCCAGCCCUCCUAGUGUGCAGGGGGGCACUAAUGUGACGGGAGAGUGCCGGGUGCCACUAGUGUGAUGUGGGGAUGUGUCGGGUGCCACUUGUGUGACGGGGGAGGUCCCGGGUGCUAUCAGUGUGACGUGGGAUUGUUGGGUGCCACUAGUGAGAAGAGCGUGUGCCAGGAGCCACUAGUGUGCCAAGUGCCACUUGUGACAGGGUUGACGGGUGGCACUAAUGUGACGGGGGUGUGUUGGGCACCACAAGAAGAGGGUGUACCGGGUGCUACUGGUGUGUCAGGGGAGUUGACGGGGUGUGCCAAAUACCACUGGUGUGAUGAGGAUUGCCAGGUGCCAGUAGUGUGACAGGCGUGUGACAGGAGGCUGUGUGUGACAGGAGGCUGUGCGUGACGGGAGGCUGUGCGUGACGGGAGGCUGUGUGUGACGGGAGGCUGUGCGUGUGUGACGGGAGGCUGUGUGGAUUGUGUGCACCUCAAGCAACGGGAGAAGUCACUGUGUUAUGUCAUUCCACAACACAACGACAAUGAGUAACUGCUGUGCCUGUAGAGCAAACACGUCACUCUGCUGUGCCAGCCUGAAGUCAGUCUGCAUAGAGAGUCAGCAGUUAUUUCAGUCUAAAAUCCUCCAUGAACAAAAGUGGCAGUCUGCACUCCAACGAUUACGUAUGUCUGAUGUGUCAAGCCCGCAGCGUCAGAUUGAUGUGUCAAGGACUCAGUGUCAGCUUGGUGUGUCAAGACUGAAGUGUCAAGGCUACAGUGUCAGUCUACUGUGGUUAGCUAGAGGGACUUCCCCCCCCCCUCCAUUCCCCCUCCCUCCUACCACUAAACACUCCCGCGCCUCCCUCCCCCCAGAGACAAAAAUACUCUCAACACUGAACUAACAACAACAACAACAACCUCAUACCAAAGAUGACUCGUGUUGGGGGUGGUGACGACGAUGAUGUACUGAUAACACAAAUAUUACGCCAGGUUCUUCACGUUCUUAACCUCUAAAUAAAUACGUAUUAUGUUAA